AUGAUCACUACUCCUUUGUUGGCUCUUGCUACCAUCCUUGGGCAAGCCUAUAGCUCUGCACUCCCUACGGUCGCCCCCAUAAUUGGCGAAUCCGAAAUCGCAGCUCGUGCCCCGAAUGAAAAGGUCACCAUCAUCUCUCAGUCCCCAGAGCUUGCUGCCUUGUUGGCAAAAGUGGGCAAACGCGAGGUUUUUAAGGACGGGAUAGAAGUGGACGACCGAACUCUCGUCCAGGUAAUCACGGAUAGGACAAAAACGGCCUCUAUUGGGAAACCUGCUCCCUUUAAGGAUGAUAAGGCAAGAGGCGGUCGAGAAACCACCUGCCCUCGGGAAAUUUUUUACUGCCAUGGCCACCUUCUUUGGCUUCGGCAAUCCUUGGUAUCAAUUGAAAGCGUGGGCGUUUCCAUCAACAACAAUAUUGAAGAUUCCGUGCGCGCCGAGGGCGCAGCCUCCAUUGGAUUGAAAAUCACUUCCACGACUGCCAAGGCCAAGUCUUCAACAAGCGGAUGGAAUGUUGGUGGGAAAAUCUCCGUGUCGGCAGGAGAUGGAACAAUGGAGAUAUCGGGGGGGUAUAGUUCUUCCACCACCGAACUCGUUACCGAAACUAGAGCCCAAGAACAUAGUAUCACGUGCCCACCACGUACAGAGUGCCGGCUCGUAACCAGAACCUUCACAACCACUGUGAAUGGCAUUUGUGAGGAUCUGCCAACUGUUAACUGCAGGUCUGGAAAUGUCAUGAUGUGUGAAAACCCAAAACAAUGGGAGAAAACAUGCCCUGACUACCAGACGCAUGCAGCGAAAUGCAACAACCGACAAAAAUCGCCAUGCAGCUUCUCAUUCCCUGUUCUUGACUCCAAAGGAAAGUUAUUGCAGCAAGUUGUUGCUAUGACUACUUCUCUGUAG